AUGAUUUCUUCUCGGUCAAAGUCGUCUGAGUUUCAGAACUAUGACGUAAAUGAUAUGUAUCAGACAGUUUUGAGCAAAAGAGAUCAUUCUGGUUUUUUAAAUGAUAUAAUUUGCCGAAAUUCAGAAACGUUAUCAACAAAUCUUGUAGAUAUUCAACGUAUUGCACGACAGAAUUCUAUAUUAACAUCUUUAGCAGAUGAUGAGAUGACUAUUGCGACAAUAAUACCAUUAAAGAACAUUUUUGAUUCAUUUCAAGAUAAAGUUAAUUAUUUCUAUACGUUAGUUAAUGAUCCUCAGCUUUUACAGAAUGUUGCCUUUUAUGUUAAAGGCGCAUAUCGAAAACCAAAAGAAUUUGCAAACGCAGCUUUACAAUAUUUCAGACAAGAGCCAAAAGAGUACAAUCUCUUUGCCUGCGUCUUAUUCCCAUCAAUUUCAGGCUAUUUCAUUGCUGAAGAACAUCUUACUUUUGCCUAUGAGUUUCUAAAUUAUUUAAUUCAACUUGGCGAAAUUGAAUUUGCCAGACCAUUAAUCGCAUCAUUCUUUUCAUCAUCAAUUCUAUUCAUUGAAACAUUUUGGCAGAAUUUUAUGACAAAAGCCGCAGAAAUACGAAAUCGUCCUUCAUUGAAGCAAUUAUACGAUAUAUUAAUAUCAACACUUUCAAUUACUAUUCGUUAUUUAUCUCCAUUUCAUACAGCUUUGUCCAUGGAUUUACUUACAUCAGAUCCAAAUUGUUUUUGCCAAGUUUUCUUCCUCAAAGUACUAUUGCAAUCAUUCACAACAUAUGCUUCAUCAAAUCCAUUGAUUAAUACAGUCAAAGUAAGCAAAACUCAAAUUUUACAACUUUUUAAUUUUAUUUGCAACAACACUGACACGAAAUCCUUCGAUAUGCUAGCGAAUACAUUCGGACAGAGUGUGUCUUCACUUUGUGAACCAACUUCUUUCGUUGAAUACACAGUCAAAGGUGCAAUUCCAUACAUUUUCUCCCCAGUUGAGACAGUUUUAGCGGUAAACAUAUUCAAACAAAUGCCAACGUUCGAAGGAUCCAAGAUAGAUGUAUCCAGACUCCAGAAUUACAGUAGAAUCUCUUCAUUUAAACCAGGUGUCAUCGAUGUUUACUUUCCUUUGCCUCCAAAAUUGCCUGUAACUGCUGUUUUGUUCUGCGAUGACAAUAUAACAGUCGGUGAGCCUCCAAAGGAGAUCUCCAGACAGUGGUUGAGCCUUUCCAAGAUGGCAGGAAACGAAGGUUUGGAUCCUUUAAAUGUUAUUAUGCAAAUUGAUAAUUUAGAUCAAUUUGACACUCCUAAGAAACUCGAAAUCAGAAAAUACGCAAGCCAAAUGAUAACAGAUGAGCUCAAGAAAUAUGCUGUCGAAGCAGCCCUUUCUAACCUCAUACAGAGCGAGCAGUUGUUCGAAACUUGUUUGGUAAGAUUGACUCAAAAAAGUCGUUUGAUUGAAAUUUCUGACAGUCAAAACCGUUUUGGAUCAAUUUUGAAUAUCGCAAUAGCAAAGAAAUUAACUUUCUUGCCUGCGGACUGCCCUCGCAAUGUACUUUUACCAUCGCUUGCCAUUCUUGAUGUUUCGAAUGAAGAAGACCAGAAAUUGUAUGAUUUGCUUGAACAAAAAGAAGUUUUUGACAGAGUUGCGAGAAAAAUCACGAGAAAAGAGCAGAAAUACAAGAAUUUCGUGAGAAACAAUGAAGAGAAACUUGAGAAUUUCGCAAGAAUCAUGGAUUCUCUUGAUGAAAAAUCGCUUGGAGAGAGGAUGUGGGUUAUUGCUGAAGUUGUUAAUUCUCUUUCUUUGAUUUGUGAAAGUGAUGAUUGGCUGAUGACUCUUUUCUUCUUUGUUAUUGCUAGAUCGAAUUCAACAUGCUUCUUACAUACAUAUAUUGGUAUUAAUGCGUUCAAAGCACUCCAACAAGUAAAAUUUGCGCAAUUACCAAGGAGAUUACAAGAUGCAUGGGCAAAACUCUCAAAACAAGUUGAUAUUUUACUCAAACAAAAGAGAUUAUUCACUGAUGAAUUCAUUGAGAAAUACAGUAUGUUCGUAAAAUAA